AUGUCUAUUUCCACAACCGAACACGAUGCAUAUUUAGUCGAAAACUGGGAUACCGAAACCCUUAUCCUUCACCUGCAAGAGCAGGGCCUAAAGCUUGACGAUGAGGACUUCGCUAUUAUCCGCCAACGAAAAAUCGAUGGCCAGGUCUUUCUUGAUAUGACUGAAGAAAAGUUUAUGUCAGCUGGAUUGGAAAUGGGACCGGCUAUGAAACUUGCAAAAGAAGUCAAAAAUCUCAAAUCCGCACCGAAGCGUUCAUUCUCCUCAUAUCACAGUUUAAAAGAAGUGCUGGCGAAAUAUGGAAUGGAAUCCGAAGGCAUAGACGCAAUUCCUCUAUUCAGUCCGCCGAUCCCUCACAGUAUUCAGGAUGACGAUGUGUAUUUCGAAGAAUUUAUCACGGAAAUUAACAAAAGGCUAAGGGAUUAUGGUACCUUAUACCCAGAUAGUUUGGAAGCCAUGCGUAAUGAGUACGUAGUUGCGAUACUCCACACAGCUCUCCAUAUCGUCAGGGGUGAAACAAAAAAAGAAUUUACCAUGAGGCCACGACAAGAAAUUAUCGGGGAAGAAAGUUCCGGGCGUGUCGAUUAUGCAAUUAAG